AUUUUCUGUUUCUACUUUAUACAUCAUUUUAUUUUUUGGGCAUUGAAAUUUUAAUGUUAAUGCACUGUAAUCACCUGAUCUCUAACAUGUCAUGAUGUGUGCAUUUUCCCUCUUUGAUUCAUGAAGAUGUUCUUCAAGUAAUCUCUCUCUCUAUUUAUAUGUUCCAAGUGACAGAAUCUGUGAUUUCAAUCUGAUCGAUAACCAGUUCUAUCCAAAGAAAGUGCCACCAUGCCUUUUGGAUUGGUCUCAGCAUGGAACAAGCGAAGGAGAAGCAAGUCCGAGGAUCACAUUGACCCUUGUGUGUUCUACCUCUACUUGUUCUUCUCAUUUCUAGUCCUUCUUACAUAUAAACCUGUGGAGGAUUGGCAACUCAAGGAUCAUAACCCACCUGCUAAAAGACGACAUGGAUCAUCAGUUUUCACACUCAAGGAAAUGGAGGAAGCAACAAACUCUUUCAGCGAGGAAAAUUUAGUUGGGAAAGGAGGAUUUGGCCGAGUUUACAAGGCCAUUUUGCGGUCUGGAGAGGUUGUUGCAAUCAAGAAAAUGGAGCUACCACCAUUUAAAGCUGCCGAAGGGGAACGUGAGUUUCGUGUGGAAGUCGAUAUCUUGAGCAGAUUGGACCAUCCAAAUCUGGUUUCCUUAAUCGGCUAUUGUGCCGAUGGAAAGCACAGGUUUCUAGUUUACGAAUACAUGCACAACGGGAACUUACAAGAUCACUUAAAUGGAAUCGGAGAAACUAAGAUGGAUUGGCCGUUAAGGCUCAAAGUGGCAAUUGGAGCAGCAAGAGGACUUGCUUAUCUCCAUUCAAGUUUGGCAGUUGGUAUUCCAAUUGUUCAUAGAGACUUUAAAUCCACCAACAUUCUUUUAAACACCAACUUUGAAGCAAAGAUAUCAGAUUUUGGGCUUGCCAAAUUAAUGCCAGAAGGCCAGGAAACCUAUGUGACUGCUAGAGUGCUAGGUACUUUUGGCUAUUUUGAUCCUGAGUACACAUCGACAGGAAAACUCACUUUACAAAGUGAUGUAUAUGCAUUUGGAGUGGUUCUGCUCGAACUCUUGACUGGAAGGAGAGCCGUGGACCUGAACCAAGGACCCAAUGAUCAAAACCUCGUACUCCAAGUGAGGCAUAUAUUGAACGACAAGAAGAAGUUGUGCAGGGUGAUAGAUCCGGAGAUGCGCAGGGGUUCCUACACAAUGGAGUCCAUAGCUAUGUUAGCAAACCUAGCAUCACGCUGUGUCCGUACUGAAAGUAGCGAGAGACCAUCAAUGGAAGAAUGUGUAAAAGAACUCCAACUCAUUUUCUACACAAAUUCUAAAGGCUUGGGGAUGCCUAUGCAUGCAUUCAGAAUGAUCUAGAACCCUUGUAGAGUGAAAAUCUUACAUAUCAAUAUCCAGGCACUUGUGAGAUGUGAUAAAGAAGUCUAUACUGUUGACUGAAGGUAACUUAAGAAAACCAAGGAAAAGUGAGAAAUAAAAGAAUUCAGCAACAGUGAGGGAAUAUUUCCUUGUAUAUCUUGUUUUCAUUUUAGCACUAUUAUUUAGUUCAGUUCAAUUUGUGGAUAUUUUUUCUACAUGAUUGUAAAUGUAUAAUUUAAUAACAAACACAUGUAAAGCUGUAACAUUUUGAUCCUACUGAAUAAAGUUUGCGUCAACUUAUGAUGGAAGAGAA